AUGCACUUUUCCGUCCUCCUCCUCAGCGUCUCCCUCGCUUCGGCGCAAUACGCCCACCACCAAUUCGGUCCAGGCCCCGCGGAACUGGAAUAUCUCAAGAACAUCAACGAAGGCCCAAACCAAAACCAGAAUCAAGACCAGGCCCAGAACCACAACGGAAAUGCCAACUACGGCAACUACGAGGUCGACUACGGCCAUCAAAACGCCGCCCCGAGCCCUCACACCCCAAUCCGAGCCCCAGCUUCAUCGGCAACUCCCAUGAUCCACAGCACAUUCAUAGUGCAAGCUUCUCAGACACCCGCCGCUCCAUCCCACGCCAAGGCACCGGCCCCUGGGUACGCGUACAACCACCCAAGCCCCUCACCUCAAGGCCGGUCCCAGGGCUUUGGCCCAGACGAUCAAGAUAUCCCGGCCGGUGCAUCGGGUGGCGUGGCUCCAAUCGACCCAAUGAGACCUGGUUCACAGGUUGCGCCUCCUCCUCUCUUCCCGGACCAGAAUCAUGGCUAUGGCUCUCUAUAA